ACAACAAAUGUUGUAAAGAGGCUUCUUCUUUUUCCCACUUCAGGAGAGGAGCUGAUGACAGAAAAUGUUCAGAUUAGUCCAACACAGUUGAUUUGUUGUUGAUAUUCACAGUACUUCCGGUGAGUUUUGGGCCGUGGUGAUCAUGGGAGUGCAUGGACUGUGGAGGCUGCUGGAGAGCACAGGCAAACCCAUCAACCCUGAGACUCUGGAGGGGAAGAUCCUUGCUGUUGACAUCAGCAUCUGGCUGAACCAGGCAGUGAAGGGGGUGAGGGACCGUGAAGGCAACAGUGUCCAGAACGCCCACCUCCUCACUCUCUUCAACCGCAUCUGUAAGCUGCUCUUCUUCCACAUCAAGCCAGUCUUUGUUUUUGAUGGGGACGCACCGCUGCUGAAGAAACAGACUCUGGCUGUGAGGAGGCAGAGGAAAGAGGAGCUGAGCCGGGAGUCCAAACAGACCAAUGAGAAACUCCUCAAGACAUUCCUGAAGAGACAAGCUAUCAAAGCUGCACUUGGAGACCGCAGUACGGAUCCUCUACCCAGCCUCUCCACUGUGAGGAGAGAUGAGGUGGACGACAUGUACGUCCUACCAGCCCUGCCAGCUGCAGAGGAGAAGGACAAAAGCAGUUCAGAAGAGGAGGAGGAGGAAGAGAGAGAGUCGGAGGAGGAGGAGGCGGAGGACGGUUAUCACAUGUAUCAGGGAGAAUCUCAUGGAAACCCCAACUCAGUGGACAUCAACUCAGAGGAGUUUGUCAGCCUUCCUCCGGAAAUGAAACACGAGAUACUCAAAGAUAUGAAAGAGUUUGCCAAAAGACGUCGGACCAUGUACCACAAACCCCCAGAGGCUUCAGGAGACUUCUCCCAGUACCAGUUGGCCGGCCUGCUGCAGAGGAACCAUCUGAAUCAGCGUCUGCAGGGUGUGGAGAAGGAGAUGAACCAGCGGAGCGCCGGCAGCAUUCCACAGCAAUACCAACAGGACGGGGAGCAGCAGAGUCACAGCGUGGAGUCCCAUCGACUGGUUUCAGAGGACAAUUCCCACUAUAUCCUUAUUAAAGGCUCCAAAAAGAGCGCAGCUGCCCCUGAGAGCCAAUCUGCAGUCUCAGCCUGGUCUGGCAGCUCCCUGACAGGCAGCAAAAGACGAGCUGCAGACAGACCUGAGCCCCUGUGGCGUCCUGCUUGUGAGGAAGAAGCAGAAGUGCGUGGUCGCUCCUCAGAAGACUCCAAGCCCUCUGUCUCAAAGGAGACUCGGGGAGACGCAUCACCGCCCUCGCCUCGCACACUCAAGGCGAUCCAGGCCGCAAUGAGCGACAGCUCGGACGAGGAGAAGGUGGACGACCAGGUAAAGAAGGAUGGAAGUGUGUCCCCACGGACCCUCCUGGCAAUCCAACAAGCUCUAGCUGAGGAGGAAGACGGCGCUGCUGGACAUAGGACUCUAACCAGCAACUCAUCCACCAAACUGCAGGCGAAUAUUCAUCAUCCUGUGCGACGAGUGAUCAUCAGCAGCUCAGAGGAAGAGACAGAACCUGAUGAUGUGAACUCUUUGUCUAAUGAAAAAUCUGCUAUUAAGGGGAACACACCUGGCCAAAGUUUACAGGUGACAGAUGGUUUGCUUGUUGAUAGUUCUGAUGAUGAGAUGGAGGACGUGAUCGGUCACCGAAAUAAAGCACUUGGCUUUGUGGCGCUGCAGCAACCUCACGAGAGAGAGAUGAGGUCAGAAGAGGAGACAAAGAAAAGACAGUUGACGGAGGAUAUAAGGACGGGAAGCAGAGGACAGAUGGAGAAACAAGAAGAGCUGGAGGGAAGAGAGUCAUUGAUCACAAAGCCACAGGGUGCUGCUGCUUCCAAUCUCAACACAUUAUCCACCAAUCCCUCUGUUCAGCUAUGUGGAAAACCUCUCAGUGCAGAGACUGAAAUGCUGUUAAAGCAGAGGAGCAACCAGGUGACUGAAGCUGUAGAGGACAGGCGCAGAGAUGAUAUGAAGUCGGAGGGCAGUGAGGAGAGCGAGUCAGAAGAGAGCUUCAUCGAGGUGUCAGACGAAGAAUUUAAAGAGGAAGAUGCAGAUGAUUCACUUGUAAUGAUUGGAGAGAAAGAGGUCCGUAAAGAUGAGACAGAGCGGGAAGAAAAACCAGAGGAAGGUUUGACAGAGGCUCCAGCUGCUGCUUUGAAAGUAGAGGAAGAAGAAGAAGACAAAGAGAGACGGACUGAAGAGAAAGAGUUAAAGGACGGAACAGAGACAGAAGCUCCAGCCAUCAAUGAAUGGGAACACUUCGAUGUGGACGAGCUGGAGGCUCUGGAGAGCUCUCUGCAGGUGGAGCAGAGCAGCCUGAGGGAGCUGAAGCAGCAGCAGGAGAGGAUGGCGAACACAGUCACUGGACAGAUGCAACUGGAGAGCCAGGAGCUGCUGCGGCUGUUUGGCGUGCCGUUCGUGGUGGCGCCGAUGGAGGCCGAGGCUCAGUGUGCAGCACUCGACCGCGCCGACCACACAAAUGGUACCAUCACGGACGACUCAGACGUGUGGCUGUUUGGAGGGAGACACGUCUACAAGAACUUCUUCAGCCAGAACAAACAUGUUGAACACUACCAGUUCAGUGACCUGCAGAACCAGCUGGGUCUGGACAGGACUAAACUGAUAAACCUGGCUUACCUGCUGGGAAGUGACUACACGGAGGGCGUGCCGGGGGUCGGACAUGUGACCGGCAUGGAGAUACUGAAUGAGUUCCCAGGGCCGGGCUUGGAGCCGCUCACACAGUUCAGUGAAUGGUGGUCAGAGGCUCAGGAGAAAAAGCGCCUGGUGGCCAAUCCUCGGGACACGAAGGUUAAGAAGAAACUAAGGGACCUAAAACUGCAUCCUGGGUUCCCUAACCCGGCGGUGGCUCAGGCUUACCUGCAACCUGCAGUGGACCAGUCAGACAGCUUCUUCAGCUGGGGACGGCCACAACUCGACAUGAUCAAAGAAUUCUGCCUGAGUCGCUUUGGUUGGAGCAGUCGGAGGACGGAGGAGACUAUGCAGCCCGUGAUCAAGCAGCUCAACACCCAGCAGACUCAGCUGCGGAUCGACUCGUUCUUCCGCAUGGAGCAACAGGAGAAGCAGGCGAUCCGCAGCCAGCGACUCCGCAGAGCCGUCACCUGCAUGAAGAGAAAGGAGAGAGGAGGAGGAGGAGAGGAAGAGGAGGACAGCGAGGAGGAAGGGCCAUCCCCAUCCAAAUCUAAGAAAGGGAAGGCAACAAGCAAGAGUCCCAAGAAAGGAGGAGAGAGAGAAGAGGAGAGGUCUGUGUCAGGAGGAGGAGGAGGAGGUUUUAUGGGGUCAAAGGUGAUUGUUGAACCUCCUCGUACAUCUCUGAAGGAUGUGAGCAGCAGCAGCCAGGAGUCUCUCUCUGUGAAGGCCGUCCCUCAGUCUACUAAGACUCUACCUCAGAGGGCCGGAAGCACCAGCAGCAGCAGCCAGGAGUCCCUCUCUGUGAAGGCCGUCCCUCACUCUACUAAGACUCUACCUCAGAGGGCCGGGAGCACUAGCAGCAGCCAGGAGUCUCUCUCUGUGAAGGUCGUCCCUCAGUCUACUAAGACUCUACCUCAGAGGGCCGGGAGCACCAGCAGCUCCGGUGAGGACAGCGAUGGUGGCGAUGAUGUUGCUAUGGUUACAGCCCGGUCUGUGUUCGAAGGCAGCCGACGAGGCCGCGGAGCGAAAAGCACAAGAGGGAGAGGAAGCACGAGAGGAAAGGCGAGGGGGAAGAAAAACUGAAAUUUAAACAGAAAAUGAACAUAAACUCUCCAAGCAGUUGUGAUAUUAAGUGUGAAACAUGUCACACAUGAAUAAUGAUAAGUCAUAUUAUAUACAUAUAGACAUAAAUGUGUAAAUGAAUCAUGAA